AUGGCUACCCCGCCUGUACUAGCUUUCGAUGCUGAGGGCCGCCCAGUGAAGUUUGAUACUUGGCUUGAUGACCUGCACCUCUUCCUACAGCUCACUGCCAAGGAGGAUAUCUCACUGUAUGACCACGCCCUCGGCCAUGCUCCUGCCCCUGCUACUGAUGCUGACAGCACUACCCGCUCACAGUGGCAGACUCGUGACGCCCACGCUCGCUUUGCCAUCCGCAACUCCCUGCCGUUAGAUGAGCGCGAGCACUUCGGCCAGUGCAAGACUGCUAGAGACCUCUACACCGCUGUAGUUGCCCGUUACUCCUCACCCGCUUCUGCUACGCUAGGCCGCCUCACUCUUCCCUACCUGUUCCCCGACCUAGCCUCCUUUCACACUGUCGCAGACCUCAUCACCCACCUUAAGACUAGUGAGGCCCGCUUUCGCGCUGCUAUGCCUGCCGAGUUUCUCACUAGCAACCCCCCCCCGCUCUGGAUCACUCUCUACCACAUCGUCACCCGCCUCCCUGACUCUCUGCGCGCAGUCAGGGACCACUUCCUCUCUCGCUCCCCCACUGAGCUCACUGUUGCCCUCCUCGAGAAGGAACUGCUUGCAGCUGAGGCGAGCAUCGUCGCUGUAGGCACCUCUCGUGGCGACCCCCGCACCCCGUUCUUCGAGGGGUGUUCCCCUUCCCCCCUCCUCCCCUCUGUCGCCUCUGCUGCUGCUGUCGACCUCCUUGGUGCUGAGAAGGUCGGGACCGCGUCUGCUUCGAGCGGGCGCCGCAGGGGCAAAGGGGGCAGGGGCGGGGGUGGCGGCGGAGGAGGUGGGGGUGGAGGCGGUGGGAGUGGAGGCGCGGCUGAGGAGGCUAGUGGCGGUAGUGGGGGAGGCGACAGCAGCGGCGGGAGUGGUGGCAGGGGCGGAGGCGGCAGCGGAGGCGGAGGUGGUCGUGGUGGCGGCAGGGGUGGAGGUGGCCGGGGCGGAGGCGGAGGGGGUGGUGGUCGUGGGGGCACUGGCGGAGGGCAGAGUCAGCAGCCAGCCCCGACGCUUCAGGCCGCCCGUGAGUGGUAUGCGCAGCGUGGCUUUACCUGCACGUACGUCAUUCGCACAGGUGACCGCAGCGGCCAGCAGUGUGGGAGGCCGCACCCCACGCAGCGCUGCUUCGCGCGCCUUACCGACGCGUGGCGCACUCAGUUUCCUGCUGCCACUGAGCUGCCGCGCUGGGCUGAUCUGGAAAAGAGGGGUGUUGAUAUUUGGGCUUUAGACUUUGAUGCUAUUCUCACUGCCAUGUAUGCCAUGUCUAUUAGUGGAGAGGGUGCUCAGUACUUGCGUGUUCCGCCCGACCCGGGCAUUCAGGCCAGUCCGGCUGCCGCUCUAGGUGCUAGUGCGUCCGCUCCCGCAGGUCCUAGUGAGGCUGCUGCCCUAGGUGCUAGUGCGUCUGUGCCCCCUGGUACUGAGUCGACUGCAGCACUGCACACCUUCACACUGGACUCAGGUGCUUCUCGCUCUUUCUUUCGUGACCGCACUGUCCUUGAGCCCCUCGCUCGGCCAGUUGCUGUCUCCCUUGCUGACCCCUCUGGGGGUCCGGUCAUUGCGACCUCCUCCACUGUCCUUCCUUGUCCGGCGGUCCCGUCCGGCACGCUGUCAGGUCUCUACCUCCCCUCGUUCUCUACGAACUUGGUGGCAGGUAGUGCGCUCCAGGACGGGGGUGUUCACCAGUUCACCCCUGCCUACGAGCGCGUGACACACUGCACGUGUGCUCGGACGGGUCGCCACCUGGCUACCUUCACUCGGGAGCCGGGGUCGGACCUGUACACACUGACCACUGUGUCCCCUCAGGUAGCUGCGUCCGCGUCUGCGUCAGGUCAGCUGUCGGCCCCCUGCUCGUGUCGCUCUCUGGCGCACGACAUCGUCUUUGGCACCACCGACUUGGCCACCCAUCUGUGCAGCGCCUUCGUGCCAUGCACAAAGCGGGACCUUGUCUCUGGUCUUCCCAGGGUGCUCCCUCCCCUCCCACCCUCGCCUGCUCCUCCCUGUAUUCCCUGUGUCGAGGGGUGGCAGCGCGCCGCUCCUCACUCCUCCUCCUUUCCCCCGACGACUGCUCCCCUGCAGACGCUCCACCUGGACGUGUGGGGCCCAGCCCGCGUCCGUGGUCAGGAUCAGGAGAGAGCUCGUCUCCGGCUCAGCGAGCGUUUCCGCUCCGACUUUCCUGUCCUGCGUCUGCACUCUGACAGAGGUGGGGAGUUUUCCUCUGGCCUAUUGGAGGCCUUCUGUCAGCAGGAGGGCAUUGCGCAGUCGUACACGCUUCCGGACUCGCCACAGCAGAAUGGGGUUGCUGAGCGCCGCAUUGGUCUGGUCAUGGAGGUCGCUCGUACCUCCUUGAGCCAUGCGGCUGCCCCCCAUUUUCUGUGGCCGUUUGCAGUCCGAUACGCUGCGCAUCAGCUCAACCUCUGGCCCCGUGUCUCCUUGCCGGAGACUUCUCCGACACUGCGUUGGACGGGAGAGGCUGGCGAUGCGUCGUGUUUUCGGGUCUGGGGAUCCCGAGCUUUUGUCCGCGACACGUCCGCGGACAAGCUCUCCCGUCGCGCUGUCCCCUGCGUCUUCCUUGGCUUUGUCCCGGACGCCCCUGGUUGGCAGUUCUACCACCCCACCUCGCGGCGUGUCCUGGCCUCUCAGGACGUCACUUUUGACGAGUCCGUCCCCUACUACCGCCUCUUCCCCUACCGCACUGCCCCGCUCCCCCCCCGCCUCUCUUCCUCGCUCCAGGUGCUGAGGUACCAGACCCCCUCCCCCCUCAGGGUGCCGCUCCCUCAGGUGUGUCCCAGGUAG